CGAGUCCGUCUGAUGGCCAAUCAGCUGCAGGCAAAGCUGGCUGAGAGCUCUGCGACCUGCACCUCCUCCUCCUCCUCCUCUUCGUCUUCUGCUGCCUCAGCUUUGCGUCGACAGCAGGGGGAGUCCUUGUCCUCAGACAGUCAUCAGGCCACGCCUCCUGCUCAGACGCUGCCAUGGAGACCGAAAAAACGGACCCUCCAGCAGGAGCAGAUGAGUUUUCGGUUCAAAGAGAAGAUCAAGUCUCAGAGUGUCUCCAGCAGAGACGAACAGGUGUGCUCAGGCAGCGACGUGUGUGUCUUCUGUCAGCAGAAGGUUUAUGUGAUGGAGCGUCUGAGCGCCGAGGGCCUCUUCUUCCAUCGCAGCUGUUUCUGCUGUGAUUCCUGCGGCGCCCCCCUCAGACCGCCGUCCUACGCCUUCCAGCGCCACAGCGGUCGGUUCUACUGCCUGCAGCAUCCUGAGUGUCAGCUGAGGAGACGACCCGCCUCUGCUGUGUCACACAGAACCUCCUCAGCGUCUCCUGCGUCUCUCUCAGACUCUCUGAGGACAGCAGAGCGCCGCCGCUCCUCAGCUGCUUCUGUGAUGGCACCUGCAGCGGAGAGGAUCGAGCUGGAAAUCUACAGACGCAUCUCCAAGGAGGAGCUGCAGGAGGAGCCGGAGGAGGUGUCUGAGGAGAUCCUGAACCACUUCAACCUGAGCGCAGACCACCCAGUCCAGAUCAGGUGCAGUUCAGAGGAGGAGGAGGAGGAGGAGGAUGGAGGAGGUACUCGCUGUGGUUCCUCUGAGGAGGCGGCGGCUUCAUGGAGCGAAACUCCGCCCCACCUGAGAGACCAGGAGGAGGAGGAGGAGUCUAGUGACAAGUUGUCUCAUCAAACCUCUGACACACCUGUGGAGCAAGACUCCGCCUCCAUCACCUUCUCUUUAACCCCUCCCACUGCAUUGACUCCAUCCACGGCCUCCUUCUUCACUUCAUAUGACUCCGCCCCCGAGCCACUGGUCGCCAAAGCUCCAUCCUCACCUGUCGUUGCCACGAUGGCUGCACAGAAACGAUCUGCUGGUGUGGGGCGGGGCUCGUUUGAUGACAUCACUCCUGAACUGCCACAGAAUAAGCCCCUCCCCCAUCAGAAGGCGGAGUCAGAGGAGAACAAGUCAGAUGGCAAUAAAAUGAGAAGACCCAGAGGAUCCCACAGUCUCCCUCAUCACCUGCUGACACCUCUACAGGCUGGGGGCGGAGCUUGUCAACAACAUCUGACACAGAGAGAGGCGGAGAUGGGAGGGGGCGGAGCCAGAGCUCUGUGGAAGGCUUUGUUCCUUGGAAACAGGAAGGAGCUGAAGAAGAAGGGCGGCGCUUUACCUACAGAGGGGCUGAGGAAGAAAACAGCCAAUCAGUCAAGAGCUACAGUGACGGGAGAAGAGUCUGAUCUGGACUCAGCGACUGUCCUGCAGAGAUGCUCCCUGAAACCCCAAAACAAUCUGCAGCUGGAGCUGUUAGACCUCAUGUCUGACAUCCAAAGAGUCACCUUGGAGAAGAAGGAGGAGGAGAACAAGGAGCAGACCUAUGUCCCUCACGCUCUGGCCUUCAGAAGGUCCUACCCCAUCAAGAACCGACCCAUAAAGGACAGAGUCCAGGACUCUGACGGACAGUCCUCCUGUCCCACAGAAGUAGUGGGAGUCCUGGUCCAUCCAAAGGAAGUGUCCAGUCUGAGUGUGAAGGAGAGCCUGUUCCAAAAGGAGCAGGAGAAUCAGGACCAGGACCUGGACACCAAGACCAGUCGGAGGGUUCAGAGAACUGCUAGAAGACAGGCCAAACAGGAGGAGCUAAAGAGACUGCACAAGGCUCAGAUGAUCCAGAGGCAGCUGCAGCAGGUGGAGGUGAGACAGAGAGAGCUGGAGGACAGGGGAGUCAUGGUGGAGAAGGCUCUGAGAGGAGAAGCAGACUACUGGGAGGACUCGGGCCACAGUCCAGACCUGGAGCUGCACCUGGGAGGACCAGGUAGACUGGAUAACGUGGUCCUGAUGCAGCGCUGGUUCCAGCUGGUCCAGCAGAAGAACUCUCUGGUCCGAUAUGAGGCUGAGCUCAUCAUAUUUGCUCAGGAGCUGGAGCUGGAGGACAGACAGAGUCGGCUGCAGCAGGAGCUCAGAGACCGGAUGGCCAUGGACGAUCAGCUGAAGGGGGAGGAGCAGCUGCAGGAGGAGCACCUCCUCCUGCAGGAGAUGCUGGAGGUGGUGGAGCAGAGGGACGUCCUCGUGGCUCUGCUGGAGGAGCAGCGCCUUCUGGACCACCAGGAGGACCAGGACCUGGAGCAGGUCUUGAUGGCAGGACAAGGACUCAGCUGGACUUGAGACUGGUCUGGAUG